CGAGCACGCCGAGUUGUUGACUUGCUUUUUGCCCUUCAGGUAGCGUGAUAAGACCUUGUGUGCAGCAGUGGAGGCAGGUGAGCACAUAGCAUGGGCAUGAAUGAGGAAUCUGAACCCGAACACGCCACAGUGCAGCUUAAAAAAGAGGAAGAGGAGGGGAGCGGUGAGAAGGACGCCCCGCUGGAACAGCCUGCCGAGCCGCAGGAGGAUGUCAACCUCCUCAACGCGUACGUGUGGCACACGGGAGCCAAGCCGCCCCCCGACACCUCGAAAGCUGCAGGUGGAGGAGGAGGCCAGGGCAGCAUGGAGCGCCCGGAGAAGAGCACCAAGUGGAGCAAGAUGCAGAACUGGCGCAAAGCCCACAGCGAGGACCCCGGGGACAAAGUUGCCGCCAGCAGCCGUGGGGGGGGGGGAAGCCCAAGCAGGAGAAGCAAGGCGCCCUGAGGAAGAACCCGUUCCGGAGGGCCAUGUCCGAGCCCCCGGGGUCACUGUUCUCCGUUCUGUCGCCAUCUACCUCGGCGGCCGCGGCCUCGGCCUCAGCCUCGGCCUCUAGUAGCACAGCUCCGGCGGCAUCGGGCUCACUCAGUCAGGAAUCAGCGCAGAAAGGCAAGUUCAUGAAAUACCUGCAAAAUGUCUCACGGAAGAUCAAGAGGCCUCGACUGCAAAGCCGUAACAGCACACCAAUCAUUGAGCACGAUGUGACUGAUCCAGAGCCUGUAGCUGAGGACUUGGCCAGACUGUCCUGGGUGCCUCCGCAGGACGUCCCUGUGUGGGACAUCAACAGCUGUGAACUGAGAGAUGGACAAAUUGUUAUUAGAGAAGAUGAGCCAAUGUUACGAACACGCAACCGUGUCAGCAGCUAUGUGUCCAGCCUCAGCCUCCAGAACCUGGCAGAGAGCAGCACUAACCUGGAAUGCACCCCAGACCAUGUGGCCCCUGCAGGUGGUCAGAAGAAAGGCCAGGACCGAGGAGUCCAGGCAAUGAUCAAGCGUCGCUUCCAGCAUAAUCUACAUAAGAGCAACACAAAACUGGACACAGCUGGCAGAUCCCAGGGCACCUUUGGCUCCAGAGAGUCUCUGUCUGUUCCAGUCACUGCUGCAGAGAAUCUGGAUCUCAGCACUGAUCUGAGCACCAUCAUCAGACCAGUCCACAGCUCCAUUUUGGGGGAGAAGUAUUGCUUUGAGGUCAUCAACUCAGAGAACAACCACUGCUUUGGGUGCACUUCAGCUGCAGAAAGAGACAGGUGGAUUGAGAACCUGCGACGCACUGUCCAACCAAAUAAGGACAACUGUGAGCGUACGGAACACUCUCUCAGCUUGUGGGUCACAGAGGGCAAGGCCCUGCCCCCAAAACGCCGCUACUAUUGUGAGCUGCAUUUGGACGGCACCUUAUUUGCAAAAACCACAAGCCGUGACGUUGGCAAACCCACUCAGCAGGCUGGACAGAACAGCGAUGGGGGCACGGGUGCCGCAGGACUUGGGCCAGGGGGUCAGAUCUUCUGGGGUGAACUCUUUGAACUUGACAACCUUCCUCCUGUCACAAAUAUCACUCUGCACCUCUUCCGUGAUGGGGAUCCCAAGAAAAAGCGACAUUCCAAGGAUGAAUCCUACUUAUAUCCUCUGGGCAAUGUGACUCUGCCUCUCGCUGACAUACAGGGACGUGCCUUUCAAGAGAAAUGGUACCCUAUAAUUCCCUUCAAACCACCUGGUUCUGGCAAUGGAAAGGACCAACUGGGACCCCAAGCCUCCCUACGGAUUAAGGCCCGCUUCCAGAACCUGCGAGUUCUGCCCAUUGAGAGAUAUAAGGAAUUUGCAGAGUAUCUCACAUUGAACUAUGUGGAAAUGUGCGGCAACCUCGAGCCUCUGUUGAAUGUGAGGGACAAGGAAGAGUUGGCUGGUGCGUUGGUGCAUGUCCUUCAGAGCAUUGGCAAAGCUAAGGAUUUCCUGAUUGACCUCGGAGGUGCAGAAGUCCAGCGCUUAGGUGAGAAGGAGGCUCUAAUUUUCCGAGAGAACACCCUUGCGACCAAGGCCAUCGAUGAAUACAUGAAGCUUGUGGGCCAGAAGUACCUCAUUGACACACUAAGAGACUUCAUUAGUCAGCUGUAUGAGUCUGCGGAGAGCUGUGAGGUGGACCCCAGGAAAUGCCCCCAAUCUGAUCUGGCCAAUAACCAGAGGCAUCUGAGAAAUAGCUGCGAGAAGGUGGUGCAGAGAAUAACGGAGAUGCACAGCUCCUUCCCGGUGGAGCUCAAUGAGAUCUUCUCCAACUGGGUGGAGGAGUGUACAGGGCAGGGGCGGCCGGAGAUCGGCCAGCGCCUCAUCUCAGCGUCGCUCUUCCUGCGCUUCCUCUGCCCGGCGAUCCUCAGCCCCUCGCUCUUCGGCCUGAUUCAGCCCUACCCAGAAUCCUCCACUCUGCGCGCGCUCACGCUCACAGCCAAAGUCAUCCAGAACCUGGCCAACUUCACCCAGUUUGGUGAGAAAGAAGAGUACAUGCUCUUCAUGAAUGACUUCUUGGAACAACACUGGGAGCGUAUGAAGGAGUUUUUGCAAAUGGUCUCCAACCCAGACAGUGAGCUUGACAUGGCACGCUUUGAUGGUUAUGUGGAUCUGCCACUACGGCUGGCUGUUCUACACAGUUUGUUGGUAGACAUCAUUGGCUCCAUGAAACAGGACACCAUAGACAACCUGGAACCCCUCCCUACAAUCCUGAACCAGAUCACAGACCACCUGGGUCCUGAUGCCCCUCGGAUCACUGUAAAUAGCUCUGGAAAUUCAAAGCCCAUCUAUGUGCCUCCCAAGGACCUCAGUAAAUACAGCCCCCAUCAUAAUUCUAUGCAGCAAUUACCUGAAGCCAAACAAACGCCAAGGAUGGAGAAACCAAGGAGACAAGUGUCCAGGACCAGAAGUGUCCCAAGCAGACCGAUGCACAAACAGCCCAAGAAACAGACUAGCACUGAGAGCCUUGAUCGUACCGGGAUCGCACAGGAUCCUCCAUUGAAAAUUGACCACGAGACACCGAAAGGACCAAAGACCCUGCCUGCCCCUGUGCCAUGGAUUAUUAACAAUGAAGGGACAUAUCAGAUUCCACUGGAGCACGAGCAAACCAGCCUGUUGGACAAGCACUCGCAGGAGUUGUCAGACCUGCGGCUAGGAGUGGAGCAGGUGACAGAGCGCGAGCUGGAGAUGGCCAAACGUCUGGAGGACUUCAUUGUCCAGAGUCAGGACCAAAAUGCAGUGCUGCAAGCUGAGGUCCAUGAACUGCGAAACCUGCUUGCUAUGCGUGAGGAACAGCUUGCUAGUGCCACCUUCAGACUUGGGGUUAUAGAGGAGGAGAGGGAGGAGGACGAGAGAAAACUCAGCAUUGCCAUAGCAGCAGCAGAACGGAUGAACGUUUUGGAAGAACAGUUUGCCGGCCUGAUGCAGGAUAUGCAUCAGUUUAACGUGAAGAACAUGUCAUAUUCUGGAAUCGAGGAUCAGCCUCAAAUGAACAGCAACUGAUUUAGGCCACUGCCAAGCUAUAGCCUUGGGUUGGUUUUACUCUGACUAUAACAGUUCACUUCCAUUAUAAUGUAUUCAAAAGGCAUAAAAGAAACAAUAACAUGUAUGUGUAACAAAAACAUACAUUAAAUGUAAGAUUCAAGAUUUUUCCUUUCUAUUUUUUAUGACUAAUAAAAUGACUAAAAUCA